UCCGCUAGGUUAAAAUAAUGUCGCAUAAAACCCAAACAUUAUUGGGAUGUAGUCAGAUGUAGUAUAAAUAUGCUAUUGAGUUUUACCAGAAAGAAUUUAAUUCUUUUUGGCACAUACUAAUUUAAGAUCGUAAUGUGCAUAACAGUAUAGUCAUCAUAUUAAAUAAAAUGUAAAUGAUAUACAUGUGCGAAUUUAUUACAUGUGACCUAACCUGUGUUGUUCUUUGAAGGAGGACCUAAUUAAUAAUGGAUCCACUAAUUCAACAGAAGGUCUUACAAUUUGAGACCUUUGUGAAUAAUGUACUGAAAGCUGAUCUUGCAAAACUGGCUGAAAAACUUGACGCUAAGAAUGCUGACGUUGCUGAAUUUGUGCAGCUAAAAUCAGUGAUAACGACAUUUCAAAAUACAAAUGUCGAGAAAACUGGUUUCAAGACCAAAGUCGAUAUUGGAAAUAAUUUCUUUAUUCAAGCACACGUUCCAGAUGCUUCUAAGAUCUUAUUGGACAUUGGUUUAGGACUCUAUAUUGAAUUCACUUUGGAUGAAGCCUUAGUCGUUAUAAAUGUAAGGAUUAAGCUACUUGAGCAACAAAUUGCAAAUUUACGGAAAGCAAUAGCAAGGACCAACGCUCAUAUUAAAUUAAUUCUUAUUGCCAUUAGAGAUUUACAAGGAAUAAAAGAAAACGUCUGAAGACAUCUACAAACCAUUGUGAUAAAGAAUAAUAUAAUUAAAAUAUAACUUUAUUUUGUUCUCAGAUAAGAAAGUUGCACUAUAUAUGCAUACUAAGUAUAUGUGGCAGUUGUAAAUGUAACUUAUUUUCAUAAAUCUAUAAAUAAAUUCAAAAAAAGUAGUUACAUAUAUUAUUUUUACAAAAUAUAAUUUGUGUAUUACUUGCCUUUCUAAGAAUCUAAUCUUAAAACGUUUUCUUUUACCAUUCGUCAAUACAUGUCUUAUGUUAAAUAUAUAGUGGUGAUUAAAAUUAUUAAUACAUCAUUUCGUCUUACACAUCUUUAAUAUAUUUUCAAGUAAGAUAAAGUGAUGUGAUUAAAAA